AAAGAUUUCAAAAUAUUGCAUUUAUAAUAUUAUAAAAAAUAUGAAGCAAUUUCUGAAAUAUUUUGGAUGCAAAGUUACAAUUAAAAUGUUAAUGAAAUAUUUUUGUACCAUUUUCGAUACUUACAGCAAUGUUACCGUGUGGAUAUCGUGGGAUACUAUUACUCCCAGUACUAGAAUACUAAUUACUUCAGAGUAAUGAUUUCCUGUACUAUUUUUCCGUAAGGGUUGUACAAUUGUAUCAUGUAAAAAUUCAGCUAAAUUAGCACUGAUGUUUUAAUAAACAUUGACAUGUAAUUGAACUAUAAGUUGCUCGAUCUUGAAACAAAAGCUGUCGUUCAUAUCGUACUUGCUGCAAAAGUUUUUAGAAUUUUCUACAUAAUUUCUUCAGACUUCUAAAUAAUGGCUUAAACGUUGAAAUGCAAUAUCUGCAAAACAUUCAACGAACAUUAAUUCAAAGAACAUUAAAUAAGUCUGCAAUAUUUUUUCCACAUUUAACCUAUUUUUUGUUAAUUCAAUAAUUAAUAAUGUUAAUUCAAUAAUUACAAGGUUUUUGAAAUGAUUUAAAAGAAUUAAACGUUGAUUUAACGUUUAUGUACUGUCUGGGAUUCCUAAAAACAAUAGGAAAAUUAUUGUGCAAUAAUUUUUUAUUUUUUUUACAGUAGAUAAAUGAGUUUCAUGAAUUUUAUACAUAUAUAAUACUGAGAAAUAUAUUUUAUUAUGUAAAUUUAUUAGGAAAUGUUUUGCAUAAGCCUGACGAAGGAUUUUAUAUUAUAUGUAUAUUUCAUGACAAUUAUAUGUACUUGUAAAUAUAAAUGUUUUAAAAUUGUUUAUUUCCCGCCAAGAAAGAGGUUUGUUUAAAACUGCUAGGUGCAGUGAACAGCUACUAUACUUUCAUUUUUAUUGAGGUCAUCAUUCUCUUCCGCACCGCACUCCCACCAGUUCUGUCACAAGAAAUAAGAAAGUACCAACCGUUACUUUAGCCAGUUUGAUCGGUCGUCUCAUUGUCUCAUCAUCGAGACCUAAUUUUAUACAGAUUUUUAUGAAUUGCAAUGUACACUAAUAGUUUUCGGAUUUUGGAUUUACUCGUGUUUACGUCUACGCGGGUUUACUUGAAAUUAAUAUAGAAAGAGAAGAACGUUAAACAUUCUUUGAUGUUUGUCAAGAGCAAUGCAGUGGCUUGUGUUACUUUACUGCACGACUGUCGCGAGCACGCUUAGGUUUGCUGCAUAUAUAUCUUCUGGCGGUCUUCAUGGAGAAAUUCGAUUUGAAAAAGCUACAGAAUCUUCGGUGCGAAUACGAUAUUCUCUAAAGUCGACUUUGCAAUAUCCGGAUCAGCAAUGGCUGUGGUCAGUCACUGAGUUUCCAGUCGACUAUACAAUCAUUGAUGGCAGAUGCAACGAACAAUACAUUGGGCAUAGUGUCAUUGAUUUGACAGAAAAAAUCGGACCGCUUGAAUUGCCAACAAAUCAAACAGGUUCGAUAGAAGUCGCGGAUUUAUCUUUAACUGGAGAAAUGGGCUUAUGGGGAAAGAGUUUGGUAUUAAAAGAUAAUUAUUCGCCGCGAACGAUAUGCGCUUCUAUUACGGUUCUUGAAAGAAAUCUUGAAAAAUUUGCCCAAGCGCGUUUUUAUGGUCCUAUUGCUGGAAUAGUUUCAUUUCGAUGGUUAGGUAGUCAAACGAGUAAUGACACCGAUACAAUUAUACAAACAAAUUUAUAUCACAUUCACAAACAAAAAUUACAAUCGCUAAACUACACUGAGCAUUAUUGGAAAAUAUAUGUUACCGAUAUUUUAAAAACUGGCAAAGAUAAAAACAAUUGUAAUAUUCUUCAAAAUGUAUUCGAUCCUAAUAAUUCUGGCGUUGGAAAAUCUAUUGGAGAUAUGGAUGUACGUUUAGGCAAGAUAAAAAUUGCCGUUAAUACACAGGAAAACUAUAAAACCUUCUAUAAAGAUUCAAAAUUGUCUUUGAUGCCAGCGGAUCUGAUUGGUCCACAUCGUCACUUAUACUUAGUCAUCUUUCACUCAGUGCAUGAGGAUUCGUUUUUAGCCUGUGCAAAGAUCAAUCACCGUAAACCAAUAUACACCAAGGCCAUAAUUAAUUCACAUGGUAUCAAAGGGCAAGUUACGGCGAUCCAAGAAACACCAUUUAAUCCAACGUGGAUCAAUAUUUCGUUAACAACAAUAAAAGAUUUGGAAGUUAGAUUACGAUAUGCCACUAAAAUAGCAUCUUACAGGAUUCACGAGUUACCACCAAGAGCAAAAAAUGUUGAAGUUACUGUUAAUCCAUGUUUAACUACUAAAAAAUUGUUCAAUCCUUUAAAUAUUAAUGAAGAAACUACACCACCUGCAGGUCUCGGUACUCAAGACCAAUAUGCUAUUGGUGAUUUAUCUGGAAAGCUUCAAGAUCGGAAAGAAGGAUCAUAUCAUAAUGAUAUUUUACCUGGAAGUGCUAAACUUAGUGGAAUUUAUUGGGAUACAUAUCUACCGCUUUCUGGGAUCCACAGUAUUGUUCACAGAUCUUUAGUUCUUUACAAAUACAAUGAGACUGAUAAUACAGGCAUGAUUCCGUGGGUAUGUGGCACGUUCACACUUUAUACACUGCAUACCAAUUGGCAAAUGUCGAUGAAUACAGCGGAAGUGAUAUUUAGAUAUCCCAUUGUUGGUCGGAUACUUUUCCGACAACCUAGAGACGAACCCGAAAUGGACACUACUAUAAUAAUAGAGUACCUCGUUCAUGCAGAUGGCAAUAUAAUAAAUAAUACUGCGAACCAUAGAUGGAUGAUACAUGAGAAUUCACCGGGAAAAGACUUUUACAACUGGACAGGUCGAUGUUUGAGUACCGGAUUACCUUACAAUCCAUAUAAGAUAGACUGGAAUUCGAGCUCCUGUUUUGCUACAGAACUCUCGUUGUGUCGCUUGGGUGAUUUAACGAGACAUAGGACACUUGAAAUUGCUGGAAGUAAAGUCAAUGCUUCAGAAUUAACUCGCAAACUUUUUACGGAUACGAUGUUAUCUUUAUCGGGAGUUCACACAUUAUUUGGCAAAAGUUUAGUUAUUUAUGAUGAUCAUGGUCCAGUUGCGAGGGGAAAUCGGUUGGCUUGUUCCAUUAUUGAUGGUGUUUACCGACGUAAAGCGGUUGUUAGAGAUUGGUUCGGUAAUGGCGAACAAGUAACCCUAAGGGGAAAAUUAGAGUUUCUGCAACAGACCGAAUACGAUGUUACCAACGUGGAAGUAUCGCUCGAAGGGCUUGACGGAAAAAUGAGCGGAUAUCAUGUACAUAUGGCAUCUGUACAAUAUGGUUUAGAAUUUCCAUGCGAGGAAACAUCGCUUUACGGACACUGGAAUCCAUUAGGUGUCAAUAUAAACAAUAUACCAGCAGCAGAAGAAGGUACGUUGGAUCAAUAUGAGUCGGGUGAUUUAAGUGGAAAAUUCGGCACCUUGGAUAAUAAAAAAAGAUACAUGAUGGCGUACAACGACACAAUGCUUUCUCUAUUUGGUCCGAGAAGUAUAUUAGGACGUAGUAUAGUGAUUCAUAAAAAAGAAAAAAAAUUAAGAUGGGCGUGUUCCACUAUAGAAAGAGGAUAUUCUCCAACCGAUGCCAGUGAGUUACAUGCUAUAGCAUCGUUUCAUCAUCCACAAGGUUUCGUAUACGGUUAUAUAAAAAUGACCCAACUUGUUUAUAAAGAUGGUAGCCAAAGUGAGACGAUAAUUGAAGUAAAUUUACGACAUCCUGGAAAGCAUGAUCGCAAUAUCACAAAAAAUCACAAUUGGGCAAUAUACGUAAACCCCGUGGGUGUAGAUGCAGCGGUAAAAGUAAAGGACACUCGGUGCGUCGCAGCAGGAUACACGUGGAAUCCCUAUUUUACACAAUUAGCCGAUCCGUUAAACAAUGAUCUUUAUAAAAAAGAAUGCGGCCCAGAUUUACCACUUAGAUGUUACGUUGGCGACAUAUCAUCUCGUUUAGGACCCAUUAAUAUAGGAGAAAAACGACUAAUAUUUACAGAUUCAAAUUUUCCUCUUGGUGGACCGAUAUCCGCAAUGGGCAAAUCCAUUGUUAUUUUCGAUAAAGAUUUUAGUGGCAACAGAUUCGCUUGUACAAAUAUUGAGCCCGAUAACAAUAUCGUAAAAUAUGUAAAUAUUAGGAAACCACCGCGAUUUGUGGUAGCACAAUUCUUAGAGGAAGUAAGAAAAGUGAUGGGUAUUCCUGAGUGGAUGUUGUCCAUCGAUAAUCGAAAGACUAAGAUAUUACAUAAUGGCGCAUGCAUACAAUUUCUUUUACAUUUCAAAGGUCCAAUUGCUAAUAAAUUGGAACAAGACUUUAGUAGGCUUAUGUCCAUUGGCAAACUCGAAACUCCUAGUUUAUACAUUCCCGGUUAUAUACCAACAAAAAGAAAGAAUUCAUUGGGACAUCGACAGUGCGGUGUACGCGAUCCGGAUGACAAAAACUUCAAUGUUCGCCGUAGUGCAUCUGUCUUAUUGUCAGCGGAUAUAUUUGUAAUAUUCCUAGUAAUAAUAAAUAAGAUAAUAUAAUUUAA